AUGGCCGUGCUGCAGCUCGACGUGAGCCGCUCUGCAUGGCUGUUCCCCAUCAUCGGCCACAUGGGUAUCUGCACGUCGACUGGAGUCAUCCGGGACUUCGCGGGGCCCUACUUUGUCUCGGAAGACAACAUGGCAUUUGGGAAGCCAGUGAAGUACUGGAAGCUGGAUCCCAGCAAAGUGUACUCCACCGGUCCCAAUGCUUGGGACACAGCCGUACACGAUGCCUCGGAGGAGUACAAGCACCGAAUGCACAACCUUUGCUGUGACAACUGCCAUUCGCACGUGGCUCUGGCCUUAAACUUGAUGAGAUACGAUAACAGCACCUCCUGGAACAUGGUGAAACUCUGCUUCUUCUCACUCCUCUAUGGGAAGUACGUAAGCAUAGGGGGAUUUGUGAAGACCUGGCUUCCCUUUGUCCUCUUCUUGGGGGUGAUCGUGACCAUUGUUCUGACGCUUCACUUGCGGUGA